AUGAGUGAUUCUGAAAGGCCUAUUGUUAGCCAAGAAGAACAACCAAAAGAAGAAAAAGAUACUAUUGUAAAUUUUCAAGAAAGUGAUGACGAUGACGAAAUAAUUGAUAUUGAACCAAUUCAUACAACAACCACAUCAAAUAAUUGGAAAAAAGUCCCGUUAAUAAUUAUUAUUAAAACAGCCCUUUGGGUUAAAGAAAAAAUUCAGCAAACUAUUGACCUUUCUAUUUAUCUCUUUGUAACUCCUUCAAAAGUUAUUGUUUCUUUUAUGCAAAAGCCGUUAGUUAAAAAAAUAACUACUGGAAUCACUUCAGUGGCUUUAUUUGGAGUAUGUGUUUAUGCUUUUGGUUAUAUUCCAUUCCAAUACGUCAAACAAUCAAAGGCAUUACAAUUCCACUAA